AUGUUAAAUAUAACAAGUGAUAAUAUUUCUUCAUUUUCUAUUAUGAACAACGAUAAUAAUAAUAAUAAUGAUAUAAAUUUUACUGAUAAUAUGAAUGUAUACGUCGUAUCAACCAAUUCUGCAAAUAAUAGACAAUCAUGUUCAAUAUCCGAGUUCAAUGACCAUUUAACUCAGUCAAUGGUCUGUUCAAAAGAUAAUAAUGACAUUAACAAGAAUAAUGACAUUGUCAAAGUUUUAACACAUCCUUCUUCAAAUGUGUCAUUGUCAUAUUCUCACCCAUAUUAUUCACACAAUCAUCAACAUCUUCAUUGUAAAUCAGAACAACAGGGCUCUAAUGAUUAUGUGACACAAAAUCAAAUGAUUUCCACAUUGAAUAAGCUUAACUGUUCAACAGAAUUAACAUUGUCAAAUGAUCUAGUAUCAGCUAGAAAAAUAUCAUCAACAACAACAACAACUAAUACUCUGACUACUAAUACUGAUACUACAUCAGAAGUAGAAGUCACUGCAAAUACUUUAUUACUGCCACAAUUUCAAACGACAAGAUUAAGUAUAAAUUAUCCUGAAUUAUCUUUAGAUAAUUUAUCGUCAUCAAAUAAUUUAUAUGAUUUAAAACUAAUCAAAACAACCACAUUGAAUGAUUAUUUACCUGAAAGAACUGUCGGCAUACAGUCAAGUCAUUGGUGUUUAGAAUCAAACGAAUCAAGAAACAUGGCUUAUAAGCGACAGAUAAAUAAUGAAGGAAAUGCUAUGGUUGAAAACAGUUAUCAUCGUGUUGAUAAAGUUCGUAGUCAUGGAGAUGAUGGUAAUGAAGAAGAAAUCUAUGGUGAGAGUGAAACAGAUUAUGAAAAUAAGUUUAAAAAUUCAAAUAAAGCGCCAAAUAGUAAAUUGUUGCCAUUAUCAACUGAAGAUAAACAACAUUUCGUAUAUGAAUCGGAAUCAUCGUACGAUAGUGAGAAUUCCAUUUCUUCUGAAGUUCAUGUAACAUUAAAUCCUAUCAACAAAAUUAAUCAUGAACCUACUGAAAAAGUCAAACCAGAUUCGUCAACAUCACCAUCAUCAUCAACAUCAUCUCAUUGGUCAAAUAAAUACGAAAAUAAAUCUUUAAAUUAUCAUAUUCCAAUAAGUAGAAAUUCUCACUCUUCAUCAAUUACUUUACAGAAAUCAAACACUAUUGAUCAUGACAAUAGAAUCAAUGACAAAGUCAAUAUCAUAUCCAACAACAAUGCUAAUGAUGGCACAAAUAUAAACAAAUUAGCUUUAUGUCAAGAAACAAACACGAUAAACUCUACGAUCCAAACACGAAUGCAUGAUUUAAAUUAUUCUGAUGAUUUAACUCUAGACGAGAACAGUGGAAUAUCAACAUAUUCUAGUGCUCAUUGUUUGCACCAAUUAAAUCCACAACAACACCAGCAAUACACUAAUACAAUUGUAAAUAGUGAUAAAUUUCCCCAAAAUCAAACAUUGAACAAUUUAAACAAAUUUUUUGGUCAUUUUGACAGUAUAUCUCCUGUACAAAGAAAACAAUUUCAUUCAACUUCCAUUGAUAAUUACAUAGACAAUGAUGAUAAUCUGGAAAAUGAUUAUCAUAAAAGUCAUCAACUGAUGGGAUUAUUUACAAUGUCCAAGUUAACUGAUAGUUCACCGUUUGAAAUGAAAUAUCCAAAUAGUUGUUCUACACAACAGCAUUUGAUCCAAUCACAACAACAAUCACAUCAGCAAUUGUCACAUUCCACGCCUGUUUAUCUUUCACAACGAGAAAAUUAUUCUGAUUAUGAAAAUCAGAUUGCUUCAACAAAUAACUUACAAGCUUGUAUUCAAUCAAGCUUUACUGGUACUACUCAUACAGCUGACAGUAGUACAUAUUCACAAUUAGAAGAUUUGAAUUUAACAUAUGACAGUACUGGAUCAUCUUCAAAUUUAUCAUCAAAUGAAACAAGUUCAGAAUGCUUAAAUUAUGAAAAAUACAAUGAUAUUCAAAAUAAUAACAAUAAUAAUAAUAUCGCUUCCAACACUAAUCUAACUAAUACUAUUAACAGCUGUAGCGUCGUAAUUAGUGGUCAUCACAAUAAUAAUACUGGAAUUUGUAGUAUAUCAGAUAUAAAAUUGCCAUCAAACAAUUCAUGCCUGAAACAAAAACGUCAUCGUACACGAUUUACACCGAAUCAAUUGAAUGAAUUGGAAAGAGCCUUUUCCAAAACACAUUAUCCUGAUAUAUUUAUGAGAGAAGAAUUAGCUUUACGAAUUGGUCUUACUGAGUCACGUGUACAGGUUUGGUUUCAAAAUCGUCGAGCCAAAUGGAAGAAACGGAAAAAAUCAGGAACUCCAUUCCGUUUAACAAUUAAUAGCAAUUCAUUAACGAAGAACAUAAGCCUAACAACGAACAGCUCAAUGAAAAAUAUGAUAAACGGUGACAAUAAUUACGAUAAUACCGCCAACAAUAAUAACUAUAAUCCUUAUUUACAACAACCAGUACCAACAGCACAAACAGGUAAUUCAGAUGGUUUAAACUACUCAAGGCUGGAAAUUAAUCCCAACAAUAGUUUGUUCAUACAGAGUCCAACUACUUAUUUUAGCAAUAGUAGUUCAAAUGCAAAUGGUUCAUUAUUUGAACAUCCCCAGUCAAGUCCAAGUAAAUUUCAAGCAAAUUCAUAUCCAUUUUUCUCACAGUUAGAGCAUAUUACAGAUAAUAUGAAAAUGAAUUCAUACUUUGGUGAAUCAAAUUCUGUUCAACAAUUUGAUCGAAUCUUACAACAACGUUUAGGGCUGCCGCAAAUGAAUAAUAUCUCAGAAGUUAGUACUUUAAAUCAAACUGUAAAUGAAAACGAUUUACAAAAUGAUAAACAGAAUAUUCAUACAGUACAAGGUUUGCAUAAAAAAAUUGAUUCUUUACUCACAAAGCAACUCAACAGUAUGAAUCAAUAUGAACAAAAUAAAAAAUUUUCAACACAUGAAUUUAAUCUCAUUCCCACAACGAAUUCAUCUUGUUUAUUAAAGAAUUCCAAUGCACUUAUUACUACUAUACCAUCAAAUUCAAUCAGUCAAAAUUCUUUAAAUAUGGAUUCAAGGAAUUUUCAUUGUACCGUAAAUGCAACUACUACUACUAAUAAUAAUAAUAGUAGUAAUAAUAGUGAUGACAUUAAUACAACAACAGCAGAACAAUCGAAUGCAUUAUCUAAUUUCAUGUUAACUAAAAUAUCAACAGAUGGAUUAAAUAAUUUUAUUAAUUCAAAAACAAAUUUUUAA